AUGAAGGUGAUUUUAGGGAAGAAAGGCCUCAAGACCAAGAGUGCCAGCGAAGUUGGCAAGAAGAAGGUGGAUUAUUUCCGUGGCAAGGACUUCAAAAAGUUCCUCCUGGAGAACGACACCAUCUUAACAAAGAAAUGCUCCAAAGCUUUGGAGGAGACCUUAGAAGGCAACGUGCCGGAAAGCGACAAAGAUGUGGAGAAGUUGGGCAAUGAGCUGAUUUCCCGGAACUUCUGUUACAAGGCAAUGUACAAGCCCUUGAACCCCACCUCCAAAUCCGACGACGGCUCCGAAAAGAAGCCCAAGAAGUGGCCGGACCGUUUGGGACGAACUCCCAAUCAGAGCUUCGAUUGCGAAGGGUUCUACGUGAUCACCUACGAGAGCGGCACCGGCUUGCAGCACUUCCUUCUAGCGUUGAUCAUCGGUGGGGUUCUCCUCGCCUGCAUGUUCCCCGUGUGGCCCAUGUGGGCAAAGGUGGGAGUCUGGUACCUCAGCGUGAUUUUUCUGACGCUGUACUUCAGCGUGCUGAUCCUUCGAAUGGUGAUCUUCACCAUGUUCUGGGUCAUAGGCUUUGAUUUCUGGAUCUUCCCCAACCUGAAUGAUGAGUACUGCGGCUUGCUGGACUCCUUCCAGCCCUUCUACUCCUGGGAGAAACGAAAGGACGACGCGCUGAUGCUCUUAGUGAGAUUUGUCAGCUUGGGCAUUGCUGCCGUAGCCAUCCAGCAGAUCGCAGAGAACACUUCCUUCGAGGAUGUGCAGGACUUGGUGAAGAGUUCCUAUGCCGAUGUGUUGGCCUGGGGUGUUGACAAGCUCACCGCCCUGCCUGGCUCGGAGAAGGAAGCGCUGCCCAGUGUGGAAGAGCUGCAGAAAGAGAAGGAUUUGGAGGAUAGCGAAGGCAACGUCACCGGCGUCACCGCCGAAAUGGCGGAAGACGAUGACGACGACAAGGCCGACAACGCAGCGCCUGCGCCCGCGCCAGCUGAGGGUCAACUGGGCUACCGCGGCCGUGAGGGCCGUGAGGGCCGCGAGGCUCGGCCGGAGGCUCGGAGCCGCAGCCGGAAAGGCCAGCCACGGCGCUAUGUUAUUUCGGUGAGUGCCUGUACCGACAGCGAGGAGGACUCGGAAUAUGAGGACGAGUACACAUCCUACAGCUCCGAAGAGGAACCCCCGAAGCCACCGCCCAAGGAGAAAGAUGAGAUCCAGCAUUUCAGUUGGAAGCGUGGCCUGUUGAUGAAGAACGAACGCUACCUCGUGGACGACUUCCUCGGGGACGGUACCUUUGGUCGGGUGCUGCUGGCGCGGGAUACGAACCGCGAGAGGAACCGCGGCGAGGUGGCCAUCAAAGUCAUUCGCAACGUGGAGAAGUACACGCGCAAUGCGCAACGUGAAGCUGAGAUCCUGAAGGACAUCAGGCUGGAGGAUGGCCACAAAUGCGGUUGCGUGCGGCUGCACGAAACCUUCUUCCACGAAGAGGAGGAGGAGCGCUUCUUCUGCCUGGUCUGCGAGGUGCUGGGGAGGUCCUUGUACGACCUGUUGAAGCAGAAUCGCUACCGCGGAAUGUGGAUCCAGGACAUCCAGAGCGUGGCCAGGCAGUGCCUGGAGGCACUGCGAUUUCUCCACGAGGACAUGCGGCUGACGCACACGGAUCUGAAGCUCGAAAAUGUGCUGUUUUGUUCUCCUGACUUCGAGACCAGCCAUUUCCCAAGAGAGGAGUUUUGGCAGGCGCAGAAUCAGCACAAGUCCGCAUCCUCCCGGAGCCGCGUGGAAUAUGUCAGGCCCAGCUCAACAGUGAUCAAGUUGAUCGACUUCGGCAAUGCCACCUACGAGUCGGAACAUCACUCGGCCAUCAUCAACACCAGGCAGUAUCGUGCUCCUGAAGUAAUCCUCUCCAUGGGUUGGAACGAACAGUCGGAUCUGUGGUCCACGGGUUGUAUUGUUAUGGAGCUCUACACGGGUGAGCUGCUGUUCCGAACCCACGAGAGCUUGGAGCACCUGGUGCUGAUGGAGCGCUGCCUGGAGAGGUUUUCGCAGGAGUUGCUCUCCAAGGCCAGCCGUCGGCCGGAUGGCCGCUUCGUGGUGAAGGAUCCUGUGAGUCGCUGGCAACUGCGCGUCCCGUCUUCCGAGUCCUUGGGCAAGGCGAUGCGACGGGGGUGUCGGCAUGGUACAUUGGACAAUGCAAGGAAGCAAGAGAUAGGUGGUGGUCAGUUGUUGUACAAAGGUUCUGGCGGCGGAUCCUUGCAGAUUUGUUUUUUGAAGGCGCCUUAUCUUCGUGUUGGUCAGCUGGUGUCGUUUUCCAUUAGAGAUGGUGUGGCUGUUGACGUUGCACCCUUGGAUGCGACAGCAUUGAGCAAUGAGAAAGCGAUGGAAAUUGAGGUGCCGAGAAGCUCUCAGCAGGAGCGAUCAGUUCGAAAGCUUUAUCGCAGCAUAGCGCGAUUUCGCAAUGCAGACGUGGACGAACGGGAUCAACUCAUCACAGGCGCAGAAGAAUCAUUGCAGCAGUAUCUUGAGUCCAGCGAGGUGGAUGGUGAUGCCAUUUGUGCCUUGGUUCUUCGUUGCAGUGGUUGGCUGCAUCCUCCGGCCUCUCCAGUCUCCAAGGAAACUGCCACGGCAGAGGUGGCAGCGGAGGUCAGUUCUAAGGUGUCCAACCUCCAGUGGCGGCUGCGGAAACUGUUGAUCCGUGCCCUGAACUGCCUGGAUCUCACGGAUCCCACGACGCGAAGAGAACUGUGGGCGGCCCUGAUCUACAUCCAAACCCUGCUGCGGAACUGGGACACAUGUUCGGAGGGCUUGACGCCCUCGCGGACGGCUACGCAGUGGAAGCAACUGGAAGCUUUGGUGGGACAGGGUGAGGGCCAAAGGAUCACAGAAUUCAAAGAUCUCAAAGUGCGGAAGGCCAACAAGGCUGGAAGCAAUUUUCUAUCGGCUGAUGUCAGGGAAGAACCUAGUGUGCCUGAGCCGGAACCAAGCAAAGCCCUUGGCAAGCGCAGGGCUGUAGUGCAUGCUGGAACGUAUCGCCCACACCAGAAGAUAAGGGAACUGCCGAGUGUUUUCCAUGCGGAUGAAGGUGUUGAACUAAAAUGCUCCCAGUGCCCGCGAGUCAUUACCAGCAACUGGUUCUGGCGGCACCCUGUUUCCGGCAAGGUGCGCGUAUUGGUCCCCCACAAAGGGCACACCUGCCCAACUAAGCUGGGCAAAAAGCGCCCGUGGCUGGCGCAGGGAAAUAUGCCCCAGAAGAACGAUCGCCUGGUGGAACUGAAUUUCUGCAUGCACAAUCGCCAGAAGCACUUCUGCAAAGAUUGUGGAGGUCGCUAUUUCUGUCCUCAUGGAAUGCGGAUUUACAGCUGCCUGUCUUGUAAGAGUCACGGGGCAGGCCCAGGCAAGACGGGUAAGACGGCCCCAGAAAGAGGACGUGUUGGCCAGCAGGUGAAGCAACAGAAACCCUUGAAGAAGCUGGUGCAAACGGAGCACAUGUCCAUAGCCAGUUUCAGCUCCUCCAUGCUGGUGCUGGAUCCCACCAAGCGGCCCUCAGCGCGGAAGGCCUUGAAACACGAAUUCCUAUCCGAAUCUUUUCCGGAUUAA